AACAGCCAUCGCAAUGUUGGCAUUGAUCAAGCUAGCUGCCAGGGCAGCCAGGGACUGGGCUUGGGUGCCAGAGCCCAGCUUGGGAGCCUUCUCCAGUAGCUUGGGGCACAGGGAGGCAGCUGCUGCGACUGUGGGGAGAGGAAGUGUCCGCCCUCACACAUGUUGCUUCUGGGACAAGUGUCUGUUUUCUGUGUGUAAUUCUCUCGGCGUCUCCUCCCUGUGUCUCUGUCUCUUUUCACUGUCUCUCUUUAUCUCUCUGUCUCAGCCUCUCAUCUCUGCCACCUCUUUCCACCGUCUCCCUGUCCCCAUCAUUUCUAAUCUGUCCUCUAGGGCUCCAGGGCAGUCAGUGCUCUGCAGGCUGCCCACCCUCACUGCCAAGCUCCAGGCUCAUGCCUGCUGCCCUCUGGGUGCCUGGCGUGUGACUGUCUCCACAGCUGCUGGCUGAGUGUGCGUUCUUCUCUGAGCUCUCACGUCCUGGGAUCCUGGAGGCCCUGAGCUGAGGAGCCAACAGGAUGCCUGGCUUGCUGAAUUGCCUCACAGGGGCAGCCCUGCCUCUCACUGCAUCUGAUGUCACCUCCUACGUCAGUGGCUAUGCCCUGGGCCUCACAGCCUCCCUUACCUAUGGCAACCUGGAGGCUCAGCCCUUCCAAGGUCUCUUUGUGUAUCCGAUGGACGAGUACACCACAGUGGUUGGUUUUGAGGCAGUCAUUGCUGACCGUGUUGUGACCAUACAGAUCAAAGACAAAGCCAAGCUGGACAGAAGCCACUUGGAUAUCCGAUCUGCAACUGUCACAGGGAACAUUCCACAAGAGGGGGUUCCUAUCACCCCUCAUUCCUGCGCACCGGGAAAGGUGGCCUUGGAUGAGGACCUGGAGCGGAUUCUGUUCGUGGUCAACCUGGGGACCAUUGCUCCCAUGGAGAAUGUCACCAUCUUCAUCAGCACCUCCUCGGAACUCCCCACGCUGCCCAGUGGGGCUGUGAGGGUCAUCCUGCCGGCUAUCUGUGCCCCGACCGUGCCUCAGUUCUGCUCCCACAGCUCUGGCUCCUCCAACCAACAGGCUCAAGGAAAAGACCCACACUGCUAUGGCAUCCAGACCACAGACUCCUGGAAUGGACUGUGUCUGGCCACUCUCCUGGAUACAGAGGUGACCAACCCAAUGGAAUAUGAAUUCAACUUUCAGCUGGAGAUCCGUGGGCCAUGUCUGCUCGCAGGGGUGGAGAGUCCCACGCAUGAAAUCCGUGCAGAUGCUGCCCCGUCUGCACACUCAGCCAAGAGCAUCAUCAUCACCUUGGCCAACAAACACACCUUUGACCGGCCAGUGGAGAUCCUUCUCCAUCCCAGUGAGCCCCACAUGCCACACGUCCUGGUGGAGAAAGGCGACAUGACCCUGGGGGAGUUUGACCAGCACUUGAAGGGAAAAGCAGAUUUCAUUAGGGGGACAAAGAAGAGUAGCAGUGCUGAGCAGAAGACAGAAGUCAUUCGGAAGCGUCUCCACAAAGACAUUCCCCACCAUUCCGUCAUCAUGCUCAACUUCUGUCCUGACCUCCAGUCUGUGCAGCCCAACCUGAGGAAGACCCAUGGGGAGUUCAUCUUCCUCAUUGACAGGAGCAACAGCAUGAGCCGGGCUAGCAUCCAGUGUGUCAAGGAGGCCACAUUGGUGGCCCUUAAGAGCCUCAUGCCAGCCUGCCUCUUCAAUGUCGUUGGUUUUGGAUCCACAUUUAAGACAGUCUUUGCUUCCAGUCAGAUCUACAAUGAGGAGAACUUGGCCAUGGCAUGUGACUGCAUCCAAAGAACACGAGCUGACAUGGGCAGUACCAACAUCCUCUCCCCUCUCAAGUGGAUCUUCCGGCAGCCAGUGCACCAAGGUCACCCAAGGCUCCUCUUCCUCAUCACGGAUGGGGCCGUGAGCAACACGGGGAAGGUUCUGGAGCUGGUGCGGAAUCAUGCCUCUUCUACCAGGUGCUACAGUUUUGGAAUUGGACCCAGUGUGUGCUACCGACUGGUGAAAGGGCUGGCGUCUGUAUCCAAGGGCAGUGCGGAGUUUCUGACGGAGGGGGAGCGGCUGCAACCAAAGAUGAUCAAAUCCUUGAAGAAGGCCAUGGCUCCAGUGUUGACUGACGUGACCGUGGAGUGGGUGUUCCCUGACACCACAGAGGUCCUGAUCUCACCUGUCAGCACCAGCUCCCUAUUCCCUGGGGAACGGCUGAUGGGAUACGGCAUUGUGUGUGAUGCCUCCUUGUACAUUUCCAACUCCAGAUCCGACAAAAGGCGGAAGUACGGCAUGCUGCACGCUCAGGGGUCCAGCAGCUCUGUUUUCUACCCCUCUCAGGAUGAGGGACUUGGCCCAGGCAGUGGGAACUGCGCCAAAAUCUUCAACCCGGGCCAGACCAAAGAUGCCCAACCAUGCAGUGGAGACUCCCCCACCCAUCAUGGUCUGGUUGUCUCCCGGAGACGGAGGGCCUACAGCACCAACCAGAUCUCAACCCAGAAGGCCUGCCCAAGGGCCACCACAGCCAGUGACCCCACUGGGACUGCCAGGAGACACACACUGCGAAAAGCCAAGGUGCAGUACCUGGCCAAUCAGAGCAGCCCGCAGAGCCAGCGUUGUCAGAUUGACCUGCAGCCCUUACUCUACAGUGGCCAUGACAUGCGCCAGGGGCCCAGACUGCACGGCCCAGGGGCCCGCAGGCCCUCCCUACUGCCUCAAGGCUGUCAACACUUGCUGUCCUCUGGCCAGGAGCCCCAAUCCUGGAGCCCUAUGAGGGAACUGGAUCCUGGUUCCAGCCCUAAGUCUGCCCCUGACAGCCGAAGCUCUGAGGACCUGGAGCCACCCCAUCACCUCUCCACCUUGGAGACGGAGACGUCCUCAGAGUGGGAGCCCGCGGCUGAGUCAGAGGACCAAGGCAGUCCCUGCAGGCCUGCCACCCCAGGCCCUGUGCUGGGCAAGGCCUUGGUGAAAGGCCUGUGCGACAACCAGCGUCUGCAGUGGGAGGUGAGCUUUGAGCUGCAACCGCCAGCCCUGCAGAGGGAGGCCGCGCAAGGUGCGGACAUGUGGAGCGAGACCUUCCACCACCUGGCAGCUCGCGCCAUCAUCCGCGACUUCGAGCAGCUGGCAGAGCGUGAGGACGAGAUCGAGCUGGGGUCUAAUCACCGAUACCAGGUGAAUGCUGUGCACACCAGCAAGGCCUGCAACGUGAUCAGCAAAUACACAGCCUUCGUGCCUGUGGACAUAAACAAGAGGCAGUACCUGCCCACGGUAGUGAAGUACCCCAACUCUGGUGCCAUGCUACAAAUGAUGAGCUUCCGGAACCUGACCCGACAGUGGAGAGGCUCAUCUGCUGGCCUUGGAAAGUCCCAGACCAUGCUCAGAGAGCACUCCUCAGCCGCUGGAGACAGCAAAUUCCAGACCCUAGCCCUAGGAGAAAGCCCUGCUUCGACCUUCAAUAAAAUCCUGUCUCCUGCCCAUGAGAAGCACGCGGCUGCAGAAGGUCUCCCUCAUAACCUGUCCACCAGUGCCCUGUCCUCUAUGAAGACCUCUGAGACUCUCUUUGGAUCCAAGUUGAAUCUCAACAAGCCCAGGCUGCUAACCCGAGCUGCCAAAGGCUUUCUCAGCAAAUCAUUGGCCAAGACUCCAGAGCCAACUCCGGGCAGCCAAACUUUGGACUAUAUGCCACUGGUGUCUCUGCAGCUGGCCUCGGGAGCCUUUUUGCUCAACCAAGCCUUCUGUGAGGCCAUUCAAAUCCCCAUGGAGAAACUCAAGUGGACCUCACCCUUCAUCUGCCUGCGAAUGUCCCUGGCCACCCGCCGGCACAAUGAGAAGAGUCCUCAGCCCUGCAUCCGUCCGUCACCUCCACCCCCAGCCUAUGAUGACAACCCCCUGGAGUCUGAAGCUGAAGACAGCUCAGGCCUGGAGCCAAGUGCACUGUUGGAGCACACAGGAAAGCUGUGGGCCACCGUGGUGGCCCUGGCAUGGCUGGAACACAGCUCAGCUUCCUACUUCAUUGAGUGGGAGCUGAUAGCCGCUAAGGCCAGCUCGUGGCUGGAGCAGCAGGAAGUGCCCGAGGGCCGCACGCCCAGCACACUCAAGGCCACAGCUCGCCAGCUGUUCGUGCUCCUGCGACACUGGGAUGAGAACCUGGAGUUCAAUAUGCUCUGUUACAACCCCAAUUAUGUGUAGGGUAUGGGGAGAGGGAUGGGCCAUUUGGGUUGGUAGGGGACUUUCUGAAAGCUAUAGCCAAUAUAGUGUUGCUAGAAAGACUGGCAGUGGGCAGGCCUGAAUUCAAUCCCAACCUUGCUACUACCUACUAACUUUAGAUCAGUUACUGCCCCAUCAGGGCCUUAGUUCCCCUUCCACAAAACAAGAGCGUGAGAUAAGGCCAUUUACUAGAUUUUUAAAUGGGCCCGAUAUUCCUUUUCAUUCAGACCUUCAGGCAGCUCCAGAACUUGCUGCUGCUGGGGCAUGGCAAGAGAAACACACACACACACACACACACACACACAGACACACACACACACACAGAGAGAGAAAGAGAGAGAGAGAGACAGAGACAGAGAGACAGAGAGACAGAGAGAGAGACAGAGGGAGAGAGAGGAGAGAGAGAAGAGUUGAGUUUUCCCCCAGAGAAAUACCAUGUUGGCAUGCACUAGGGAGAACAAAGCCUCCUCCAAUAAAAAGGUAAAUAAGAAAACCCAUCAAAUAUAAGCAGCCACAACCAUGAGCUUGCUCCAGGCACCAAGAGACCUCCUCUGUUUAUUGCAUUGUGGGAUAGGAUUGUGUCUCCAUGGUAACAGUCCAGGGGUUCCAAAUCCCACUAGGAAGCCAACCAAAGAACCAUCCCUCCCAAGACUUUGCAAAAGAUUCUUUCUAAUAGUUGCAUACUGCAUGAUUGGUACUAAGUGUGGCUUCCUAUCUAAGACGAUGUGGGCAUGACCAGGAGAGAUAGGCUCCCUUCCAGCCAAAAUAGAUUGUAGCUGCAGUCUACGGAACUAGUCUAGAAUAGGCAAGCACAUAGGGGUCAGAGAAGAAACCAGACUUAAAUAAUUUACAUGCCUUCCAUUGUUGGAUAAUAUGACUCCAUCCAUUGGUAAGGAUGGGCUAGAGUGCCUCUGUGUGCAUUGUAUUCUGAGAUAGUGGAGUCUCUUAUGUGACCACAUCAUAUUAUCAGGCACAGAGACAACUUGACUGCAGAGCAACAGGUCUGACUGCAGUGUGUCUGGGGAUGGAAGGGAACAGAAGGGUCUCUGUGGGGUCUCCCCCAGUCCAGGAACACCAGGUGAUACCUGUGGACUGGAAUCAGACUGUCUAGGCAUCUUCCCUCCCCCUUCACGCUUCCCCAGAAGUGUGUCUGGAUCUCACCAAGAAAGCUAGCCCAGGACGCUAGACAGAAUCUGUGAACCCCGUAAGUCCUCUCUUUCUAAGAUCUUAACAUCUCAUAUUUGUCUCCAAAAAUGGUCCCUACGACCCAGAUAUGAAGUCUUACAUUUGCUUUUUCAGUGAGACAAGUCUUGAUUAAACCAACUCACGGGUUAUGGGCUGUGACCUGGGUGACAGCUCCGUGAAGACUCUAAGGGACUCAGUCCAUGGUGGGAGCUAAAGGUAGGGAUGCUUCCACAGAACACCAGCUGAGUGAAGGGACAAGAGACAGGCCCAACGGGAUUGGGGUACUCUGCUCCCUGCCCUCAUGCCCUGCCCUGCCUCCAGCUACACUGCUGAAACUUCCCAGAGGGUCCCUCCCUGUCUGAACUACCCUUUUGAAGAGGCAAGUCCCUACCUCACCGAAUGCAUUUUCUCCCUCUGGGGAGAAAACAGCCUACCCUCAAAUGGGGCAGAAUGAAAUCCUAGGCAAUGGCUUACUAUCAGUGUCACCAAGAGGGACAGAGUUUUAGAUUGCCUUGCCUGAGGGCCCAAAUUAUGAGGAAAGGCAUGUCAACUUUCUCGUUUCAUCAUAACCCCCACUACUGUCACUACACAGCCAGCAGCCCUCCACCCUCCAGGAUGGCCAGGGCAGUGCCCCCUAUCUGGUCAUCAUGAGAGGAAAAACCAGUUAGGCUGUGAGUCAGAACACGUAGACGCACAUCUCAGUCCCGAUGCCCACUCCGUCAAUGAGAGACUUCCCUUCUCUCCGUAUUCUAGAAUUCUUCCUGCUAACAUUCCCAAAUUCCCUCCUGGUAAACGUGGGCUUGCUCGACUUCUGUGUAACUUUGAACACGUGUGUGCACCCCAGGUCUCUCUCGUCCUCUAGCAAUGAGCAAAUUGCACUGCCUAGCCAGUCCCUGCCCAUUAGCUUGAUCCUGGAACCUCAGGACCUGGGGAGGACAAUGGCCAUAGCUUGGAGCAGUCCAACUCUCACCCAGCAUGGGAUUAGCACUGUAAGAUGCCUAGAGAGAUAUGCCCAUGCACCAGCAGCCAGAGCUCAGUGGUGUGUUUGGUGCGUCAGUCACUGCUGACCUCUGUAGCCCUGGAUUCACCCCCCCACCCCCAGCUCCAUAGUAUCAAGGAACAGAUCCCUUGCUAUCAAUAACCCAAGGACGGGGGGAGGGAGUGUCUGAACAAGAGGCAUUUGUAAAAACUACCCCAGUGGCAUUCAGAUGACUUGCAGCCUCAGUAACCCACUGCCUGGCUCAUCAAGCAAAUGGCCAAAGAGUUGGACCUCAAGGGGAAGAGCCCUAGGUAGUGAGCACAUGCAUAGAAACUAAGGUGCCACAAAGACCGAGGGGUACACAGUUCCUACGGUCCGGGAAAAUGCAAAGCCAUCUCAUUCAGUUUGUUGAACUGGCUUUACUUUCAAGGUCAUGUGGAAGGGACGCUGAUGCCCUCACUGUGUGGAGAAAAGCCCACUGAGACUGUCCAGCCAGCCUCUAUACUGCCUUUAGUGGUAAAAAAAAAAAUGACCAAGAAUUGCGGAACCCAUGGGUUGAACCCAACCCAGCCACCACUGCACCGUGUGACUUAUGGAGAAUUGCUGUCUUCCUCCAAGGCUCUGAUUUAUUUUUUUUUGUAGAAUGAUAAGAUUCCAUUAGAUGCACACUUCCAAGCUCUCUGCUCACCUAUGAGAAACGUCUGUGUGUCAAAACACACUGAGGCAAACCCCGGAAAACAGCCUUACACAGGCAAGAAAGCUAAUCAGUUAAUGGCACCACCACUUUCCAAGGAGGUCACCCAGCAUGCAGCUCUUUCAAAGGUACCCAAUUGAAAAAACGCUGGUCUUUGGGCAUUUCCCUUAGUUGGCACUAACAUCCAGACAACCUUGAUGGAGUGCUUGCUUUAUGCAUGGCAAUGUGAAGUGCUCCUGUGGGUCCCCCAGAUGCCAUCCCUGUCCCUUUGGAGUUUGGCAAGGAGUAUUGGAAGGCUUCCCAUGACUCCUCUGUCACUCCUUGGUUCAGGGCUGGGUUUGUCUUGACUGACUGUUCUCCAUGGUCUUGCCGUGUAUGAGCAUAGCCUCAGUUGAGCACUGUCUGGGCGCUACUGAUACUAAUCUGUAGAUCUCUGAGCACUCGGACGUUCUUGACGGUGUGAGACAGCUGGCCGUGGUAACAGCCAGAGAGGAGCACCCCCGUGGAUUUUGUUUCCUGGCGGAGCAGGGGAGUACCUGCAACAGGAUGCCCCUUGGGAUUACCUCCUGUCAUAGGCAGAUCGUGUCUCUAAGGAUCCUCAUUUGAGGAGCCCAACUCUGGAGCCUGGGGAGGCCCGUGCUGCACUUGUAAAUAUGUGGUCUCGGUUUCCAAUCAGUCCUCUGCCUAAAGACAAAAUGCGUGUCCGAGGUGACUUGUGCUGGCAUGGUUGUGGCUGAUGAAUGGCACAGCCACUCCCAAUACCAACUGUUGGCGGUUUUCAUCUCCUUUUUGGAUGAGUGAAAAAGCAAGCCCACCCCUGCCCCUGCCGUUCUCCUGCUUGCUGGUUCACCCAUCAAUAAAAGUUUCUAGAAGUUUCCUCUGAAUCCUGCCUGCACUCCCACAAUUUUGAGGGCCAGAAUUCCUCUACUGGUCACUGCCCCUGCCCUCUCCCUUGGCAGGGACUCUUAAAGGACAGAGUAUAAAAAAGGGACUGCUUCACCUAAGCACAGUGGUCCCGUCCCCAGAGACUGGCUACCCCAUCCCCCUGCCUGGCUGGAAUCAGUCUGACACCUCAGUACUUGUCAUUCGGGCUUCUAAAUCCUGGCCUCUGCUGACACACUGUAACAUCUCAGAGUAAGCCCAGGCAGAAGUGCGUUCUCCAUCCUUAGUGACCUGAGGCGGGACAGGGAAGGCAUGGGGCACGUGUCCAUUGCCUCAGCACCUGGGAGAAAUCCCAUAGCAGAACUAAGGACAGCAGAGGCAAUCAAGAGGCACACCCCUCCAUUGCUACGUGGCUCUCUCUGCAGUGCAACCAAAACUAACAGGGGCAUGUGUGACAUUGUGAAGCUGAGUAAUCUGACUCACAGCAGAGAUCUGUCCCCAGGCGGGGGACUUGGUCACCUUGCCCAGCCAGUACUACAGUUCCGUACUGCGGUGUGCCCUGACCCAUGUCCACCUCUGCCCUGGCCUGGUGACACUAGCCUCACCUCACACCAGCACUGCCUACUCCCCAGGUGACUUCUCCCAGGGUCUUGGUCCAGUUGUCCUGGGCUUACAGCCUCUUUCUAAGGCAAAGCGCCUGUCUCUGUGCGUUCAUGUGGUAACGUGGUAUAAUUUCAACUAUUUGCUCAGGUGGCUUUGACGCAAGUGGCAUGGCCGGUGCUUGUCCCUCUCAGAGCCUCAAGUGCCUAUCACGUGCUGCCCUGUAUUUUUCUCCGCUCACCCCCAAGGACCCCACAGUGCCUGGGACUCUUCUUGCUUCUUGGAAAAUGCAUUACCGUCUUGCCUGAUGUAGCCAGUCACAUUGAUGCUUGCAAAGGUCCUAGAUACCAGCUGUCUAAUUCCACCAACAUUUAGCCAUGCCUACCCUGAGAUUAUGUGUAUGUAUCUAUUUUCAAAGGAAUAGCUGCUUUGCCAUGGUGGCUCCUGUCCUCCUACAGGCUCUUGGCUCAUAAAAACUGUCAGUGUGACAAGAUUA